AUGAACUUAAAUAUGGCCGUUACCCGGGUGAGGAGUGGGUCCACGGCGUCAACAACAUCCUCCAUCUCUGUCGACUCCCCCGGUCCAUCAUCUUCUUCUGCUUCCUCGUCAUCCCUCGACCUGCCUGAUUCCGAAAAGUCAUCCCGCCCCCUCCAUUACCCCUUGGCAAGUCCGUCAGAUGAGACUGUUCGCGUCUCCCCCUCUCCGGAAUUCGUUCUUGCAUUACAUGACUUUCACCCUCAGCACCAGAAUGCAACUUGUUUGUCAUUUCGAGCUGGUCAGGUUAUUCAUGUCCUAAAUCGGGAUUCGAGUGGAUGGUGGGAUGGUGAGAUUAACGGUCAAAGAGGAUGGUUCCCCUCCAAUUACGUCAGUGCUGAUGAAAGAGUAAUUUCACUGGCGGAGGAAGUCCUUCCUCAAUCACCUGGAUCCCGCCAUGGACAUACUAUGUCCGCCGUAUCCGCGGCUUCUUGGGCUAGCGCUCCCUCACGUGGUUCGCGAAAGGACCACAGACCGUUGGUCACUGAAGCUCUUGGAUCUGACAUAACAUCAUACUGCCCUCCUAUCAUGGUCAAUCUUUUGCACAGUUUAGCCCUCCUCCAGAGUGCAGUUCGUUCCAACCGCAUCGCCCAUUUUCAGCCUUCCACUGCCUGUAUCAUAUCCUGUGUGCGGUUCAUCUUGUCAUCGACAGAGUGUUUGCCUAGGGAGGCACCUUUAUUAAAGCGCUUCCCCACCCUCGCGCAGGAACGGAAACAGAUUUUGUCCGUUCUGGCAUCCCUGGUGUCACAAGCUAAAAAGGCAUCGGAUGAGACGCAGGAUGAAGAUUUACGGGAGACGGAAAUUGAAGGAAUGUUGAAAUUAGGUGGCCAGGUCUUUUCACAAGUUCGGCGUUUUCUUGCUGUCGCUGUACAAUGUGGCAUCGACUUACCGGAAAGGCGUCAGCCUAAGGAUCAAUAUCUCGUCUUCGAGCGUGUCGCUGGCAAACACAAAGCCGACAUGCCAUCCAUCAGCAGUAUUUCGUCAUUCUCGUCGGUUUCGUCUGGGGAAUCGCCGAAACCACCGGUAAUGCCCCCUUUCCCAUCAGGACCCUCGACAUCUUCGAAGGUGAUGGAGGCUCUGAAGUUUACCCAUGACCAGUAUCUUUCCACUAUCGCCGCCUUCAUCGGUCAUGCACACUCUCAUUCACGAUCAUCACACGCUUCUAGCACAGGUCAGAUGUAUGAUCUCGUGCGAGAAGUGGUAGAGAUGGUGUGCAAGUUGCUCACUAUCGUCGAAGCUGUUAUGCGGCAUCCCGAGAUUCCACUCCACAAGAUUGGGAACUUAAAGUCCGCAAAAGAGAGACUCUACACUGUCACUAGCUCCCUUGCCGAAUCCGUGCGAUUACUCACGGUGCCCCUUCCUCCUGACCUCACAGAGGAAUCCGAAAAGGCAUCCUUAAUACGAUCCGCUACAGCAGCAUGUAAAGCGGGUGCUGAUUGCGUUUCGGCUGUCAAAAUCUGCUUGAAUAGGGCUUCAGGAGAGAGGCAAUUUAUUAUCCAAAUACCUACAACCUCCGAUUCAGACCCUGCGCCGUUCACUCCAAGCAAAUUUUCUCGCAGGACUGGUCAAACCCCGGCCCUCAGCUUGCCUACGCAUCAAAGCUUGUAUCACAAUGGCAUCGACGAAGAUGAUCUCACCGUACAGGUUCUGACACCGCCUUCUCCUACCCCCAAUGCUACUAGCGUCCGAGAUAGAUCUUCAGACACGUCCAAUGUCACGGCAACCUCUUGUCCAUCAGACGGUUCGCGUGACACUCAACCAACAACGCCAGAAGGCGGCAUAUUAUCUAUGAGCGAUCACGAGUUGAUGAAGUCAAUGGAACCUGUAUCAUCGCCUUCACCAGCAGUUGAUGAUGGACGUGCGGACGAACGGCAGGAUUGCCAGACUAUGGACACAUUCGAGGAGCGGUUGAUAAAUGACGAGCCUGUCACACUACAAGUCAAGCGUGAUCCCCUUGGUCAUGAUUCCUCUACAAGCGAUGUCGUCCUUAACAAUGAGGGUCACCUGGUGGCAGCGACAAUGGAGGCGCUGUUCGAGAGAAUGACACCCCAUGACAGUAUCGUAGAUCCCGCGUUCUCAGCGGUCUUCUUUCUCACUUUCCGCCUUUUCUCCACUCCGCUUGCACUUGUGGAAGCACUCAUCAAUCGUUACAAUAUCAUGCCUCCGUCCAAUCUCUCAGAAGACGAAAUGUCGAUUUGGCAGCAGCACAAGGGCAUCCCUAUCCGCUUGCGCGUAUCCAAUUUUGUGAAGACGUGGUUGGAGAUGUACUGGCGGUCUGAGAUCGACGACAUCGCUCUCUCGCACCUUUCAUCGUUCACGAAAGAUGCGCUCCUACAUUACUUCCCUGCGCCCUCCCACCGGAUUCUCGAUUUGAUUUCCAUGCGGCAAGACUCCAACACCAGUCUUGUGAGCCCCAAGAGUGAACGUGUUCGCGACCCUGGCAUGUCAAUCAAUCCUCCGUCAUAUACACUAUCCGAGGUUCCACGACCAACAAUGACGAAGGCAUUACUGGCCACGCUUCGUGGAAAGAAUUUCGACACGGUCGCCAUCACUGAUUUUGAUGCUCUAGAGUUGGCAAGACAGUUGACAAUCAUGGAAUGCGACUUGUACUGCGCGAUCCAACCAGAGGAGGUUCUUGAGACGGGACAGGAGGGUACAAAACCGCCUAUCAAUGUCAGAGCUGUUUCCUCCCUAAGCACAGUCAUCACGGGAUGGGUUGCUGAGAACAUUUUGGACGAGCAUGAUAUCAAGAAGCGGACGUUACUCGUGAAAUUCUUCAUUAAGGUUGCCGAUCGAUGUACUUCAUUGCACAACUUCAGUACUCCUCGGUCCAUCCUAGCGGCCCUCGACUCUUCCACGAUAUCUCGGCUUCAUCAGACUUGGCUAGGUGUUCCACAUAAAAGUAAAAUGCAGUUAGAGUCUUUGCGUCGACUGGCAGACCACGGGCGGAACUACCACCAAUACCGAAGCAGGCUUCGCAACAUCGCACCUCCAGCAGUCCCAUUCUUAGGUCUUUACUUGACUGAUGUGACUUUCUGUCGCGAGGGAAACCCGUCAUAUCGCGAGUCUCCCAGUGCGCCAGGGAAGAAACUUCUUAAUUUUAACAAGUACCACAAGCUGGCUCGGAUUGUUCAAGACAUGCAACGAUUUCAGGUGUCAUAUAAUCUUAAGAAAAUUCCCGAAGUGCAGGAAUACCUGCAGAUGGCAUUUGAGAAAUCCAAGCAUCACGGCGACCUUCAGGAUCUCUAUAGACGAAGCCUGCUUGUUGAGCCGAAGCAGCCUGCCGACACGCCUCCUCCUAGUGAUAUGCGGCAAUUGUUCAACUGGGCAACACGUUCACAGGCACAGCCACCCACAUCUACCUAG